AUGUCUUCAAAGAGGCAAAUGCCAACUGUUGAAGAGGCUGUGAUUUGGAAAGGGACUGACCUACAUUUCUGGUGGGAAUUAUUUUGGUCUGAACUAGAAGGCAUCAUGUUCAUUGAGACAAGCCAGAAAGAAUUUAUAACUGUGGUAGCAGAGUCACACGACAGAAACUUGACAGGAAGGAACAUGGCGGACAAUCUGGAGCCAUCCACUUUUCCAAUGCAGAAGGGUUCCCUUAACCUCCUGAGACAGAAAUGGGAAUCCAACGAUUACCAGAAAAGUGAAUGUUGUCUUGGCAGUAGUCGCUGCAAACCUUUCCAGCCUCGAGAAAGCAAAUUACUUGAACCUGAGGGAGGGGUAGCAUUGGCACGUGAACCUUCAGAUCCUGCAACACCAGGCAGUCUAAGAGAAGAGAUGUUAAGUUCAGAGCCUGGAGAGAGAAGUCCUGAGAACAAAAGUGACAACUCCAGGGAGCAACGCCAGUCUGAAAUACUGAAGGAGGAUUCCUUGAGUGGUCGGCGCAGAAUUGAACGCUUCUCCAUUGCCCUUGAUGAGCUGAGGAGUGUAUUUGAGGAUCCUAGGAGUGGAAACAGACUAUCUGGACCUACUGAGCAUGGUCGAAAGGUAAGGAACUACAUUCUGAGAGUUGAGGUUUUUAGUUGA